AUGGCUAGGGGAAAUCAAAGAGACUUGGCAAGAUUGAAAAACUUGAAGAAGCAAAAGGAACAACAGGGUCACAAGAAGGAGGGAGAUCCAAAGAAAAGAAUGGAGUCUGAUGCGGACAUUUUAAGACAAAAGCAAGCCGCUGCUAAUGCUAGAAAGGAAGCUGAAGCCCUAGAAAAGUUAAAGCAGGAAAAGGCCAGAAGAUAA